AACUCUUCAAGAGUGUUAGUCUUGAUUGGUGUCGAGAGCCUUGAGGAACAUUUGUCGAGCUAGUGCUUGUAGUCCUCACUACUUCUCACUGCAGGCACGGGAGGGAGGGAGAGAGAGAGAAAGAGAGAGAGAGAUAUCAUUCGAGUAAAAUUGAAAAGUUUUGCUAUCAUGCACAAUCUCUUCCGAGAUUGCCAUGGCAAAUAAUGACAAGUGGUUUGAGUCUCUCGACGAUGACUGAGAUUGCUCUGAGGCCCGAACUCCGAUGACCUUUUCAAAAUUCCAUGCUCUGAUUAGUGGGUACCAUCGUCAUCCCACUCUUCCCACCUCGUCCCGGGCAUAAAUUUUUUUAUAUGAAGAGUCUAUCUACGGGUGUGCAAUUGAGGAGCUGAUGGAAAAUUGGAUGCAGUUUCAGGGAGUCUAACACCAGCUGAGGCGUUUGCAUUCAUGCCAAUUAAAGGGGAAUCACAGAUCGAUAAGAGUGCCAAGCGAUCGCUCCCACGCAUAGCAUACAAUUCUCGCAGUAAUUCGCUCUACAUUCAAACGUCAGAAUUGUGAUCAGAGAGCCCAAUUGUUAAUCGGUUUCCAGAUCCUUAUUCAAAUUUCACACAUGGCUCUGGCCGAUGCACCUCGCGGAUGGGUAAUUUCCGGAUCCUGUCGGCCUGUUCUCAAGAGUCUCUCGUCCUCUUAUGCCAUUUUUUUACUGGCCUGAAGCAGUCCCCGUCCCUCGAAGUGUCUGACUCGGUUUUCCUCGCUCCGUACGAGCUAAACUGGCAGAGUGCAAAUCUCCAAAAGUUCGACAAAUAUUCAAACGGCAAAGCGAGCACACUGGUGCAGACAACUAGUUGCCGACGAGGUGGAGGAUGAUGCGUCAGGGGAUCAGCUGAUGCAGACGAUCAUGUGCGGGUCAAUGGGUUUUGCGAUUCGAGAGCAGACGACGAGCGCAUCGAAAUGAGCACCGAGUGCUCACGCGCAGGAAGAAACAAGAAAUGUGGGAUGGCGAUGACGCCCAGGAUGAAAGGCUCACCUUUAGUGGGGCGACGAAUCUGAUCCCAUUUUAAGGCGGCGGUCCGACUGUCGGGUGGCCAGAAACUUGGCGGGUCUUUGCUGCCAGGCGACGACGACUCUCAUGCUCAGGCGGCUCAAGUGCGCUGAAGUAGAGUUCUUCUUCUUCUUCUUCUCCUCCUCCUCCUCCUCCUGCAUCUCGGCCGGAGCUUGUUCUACGCAUCUGCGGGUUCUCGACCGGGAUUCUACAGAGUGUCGCCUGCUCUGGAUCGACGAUCGCCUGUGCGCGGCGGGGUGAUAUCGGAGAUGGAUGAGACCUUGAUUGCUGACGAGCGUCUGGAGAAUUAAAAGAGAACGUAAGCCCAGAUCUCUUGAAAGCACGGCUCACGCGUAACGCAAUCGAAGGGAGGAGGCGAGGGCGUGCAAUCUCAAGCUAUGGAGGGGUCUGUUAUGUUCCCGCUUCUGCUCUCGAUGAUGGGUGGCCUCAGCACCGGCUUAGGAGGAUUACUCGUCGUGUUGCAACCGAAACCAUCGCUGAAGAUGCUGGGAACUCUGCAAGGCCUCGCUGCGGGGAUGAUGCUAUCUCUCUCUUUCCUUGAUCUUAUGCACAAUGCCACCAACGCCAUAGGGUUCACCAAGGCUAAUCUUUGGUUCUUUGGAGGAGUGAUUGCGAUUGCUUUAAUUGUCACAGUGAUACCAGAGCCGACUCUAUCAGCCUCAGAUAAGGCUUCAUUCAAAGAAAAGGAUGACAAAGCAGGCGAUAAGCCUCUUCUGAAAAGACAGCGAAAGCAGGUGUGGCUGAGUGGUAUCGUCACAGCUGUUGGUAUCAGCCUUCACAACUUUCCUGAGGGUAUGGCAAUCUUUCUCGGAUCAGUCAAGGGCGUGCGAAUAGGUGUGGGCCUGGCUAUAGCAAUAGGUCUGCACAACAUACCAGAGGGAGUUGCUGUUGCCUUACCAGUGUACUUCGCAACUGAGAGCAAGUGGGAAGGCUUCAAACUGGCUUUCCUCUCUGGUCUGGCCGAACCCUUGGGGGUUGUUCUUGUCGCCUAUCUCUUCCCAAGCAGUCUGUCACCGGAUAUUUUGGAAGGAUUACUUGGAGCUGUCGGAGGUGUCAUGGCCUUUAUAACUUUGCGGGAAAUGCUGCCCUUAGCAUUGGAGUAUGCCGGCCAUCGUCAGGCCGUUACAGCUGUUUUUGUGGGAAUGGCAAUCAUGUCACUGAGCUUGGAGCUUUUGGCAGCGAAUCUACCCCAGGAGAUGACAUUAUGAGCAGCUGCUCCACAAGUUACCAUCGUUCCAGUCCAUCUGGUCACGGCUGGCUGUGAGUGUGCUCUUAGAUUCUGGCACUCUGUUUUGUCUUGGCUAAUGUCCGAACCGGAGACCACGAAGAUUCCUCUCCACUUCAAUAGAGACUCGGUCUAGGUGAUAAAAAAUGUCGAAGGAAAACAUAAGCAAUUUCUGACAUGAUUACGUAUCAAUAAAAGGACGUUAUCAACAAGAACCCCAAAUGAUUCGGUGUGUGUCCCACGGCUUCACGUAUUCGAA